AUGGCUUCAUUUCGAAAAUUGUCACGAUUUUAUUAUUUAACUAAUUCAUUGCGAUGUUUUUCUUCUACUGUUCAGGGAUCAGCGACAGGUGAAGUUUUAAACAAUGUAGAGAACAAGGAUCAAAAUAAUCCUGUACAAAUGAAAAAUCCAUAUGAAAAAGAGAAGCCCAAGUGUAUUCUAUGUAAAUAUAAUAUUACACCGGACUUUAGAAAUGUCAGACUAUUAUCACAAUUUAUAUCAAGGCACACUGGUAAAGUCUAUGGAAGACACAUAACUGGACUGUGUGAACAUAAACAGAAACAAGUUGAAAAAGAAAUAAUUAAAGCUCGUUGUUGUUGGUUAAUGUUUAGCAAAAUAAAGAAUCCAAAGUUUUUUGGUGAUCCUUCAUUGUACAAUGUAAAUAAUCCGUUAAGACCUCAUAAUUACUUUUAA